AUGUCUACCGCACAAACUGAUUUUACUCGGGCGUUAAAGACCGAGGCGAAGAGUUUAUCCGACGCGGCUCGAAAAUACAGGACCCGUCGGAAACGCCACCCACCCCCCGGCUUCUCCGCCUGGUAUGCGUUCGCUGUGCAACACGGCGCCGUUGUGGUAGAAUCAUUCUGGGAUCAGAUAUAUGACGACCUCGCGCCCUUCUGGGGCAUCGACCCGCCAGUGUUGAGGAUGAAAGCGGCGGCGGUGGGACCUCGGGUUGAAGUGAGAGAUGGGGUUGUUAGACUGGAUGCGAAGGGGAAGAAUGAUAGGCUCCGGCUUUGGGAGAAUAUGCUAGGAGCACUAGCAAGAGAGAAGCAUGUCCUGUUACCGGAUGUAGAUGUCCCGUUUAAUAGUAAUGCGGAGCCAGGGCUUGUGGUACCGUGGGAGACAAUCGAUACCGCACUUGAGCUAGCGAGGCCGAUUCUUGCUGCGCCGAUGGAUGUUCUUACUCAGUUUUCUAGCUACGAUAGCGACCAGCAGAUCGCAAACUACACCUUCGACCCAGAAUGGCUAGGCGCUCGCCUCACACACCCAACUUCAUCGCGAGGACCGCGCCCAUACUGGAGCCUCGUCCGUCCAGCCUGUCAUCCGCGCUCCUGGACCCGGAAAACCUCUCUCUUCGUUGAUAUCUGGCAUCCCCAGGGCCAUACUUCCUCCGCUCACUCUGCCGCCAAUAUGCUGCCGACGACGUUUCCAAACGGGUCGGAGGCGUUUGGUGGGUUUGUCGGGAAUUGGUCUCGCGCGGGGGACGUUUGUGCGUUGCCAGAGUUGCAGGGUUUGCAUGGAGGUUUCGUUGGACCGGAGAGUAUGAGUGCUAGUGUGAAGUUUUUUCCGUGGUUUGGUGCAGUGAAGUUUAGCGUGGGGAACGAUGUUUUGAUUCCUGGGGGUUCAGCGUGGAAUGAGAGUCUUUAUUCCCUGGGCACGGGGGAGGAAGAAGAAGGAGUGAGAGUGGCUUGGGAGGAGAAACAGGAUGUGUUGUUUUGGCGCGGUCCUGCGACUGGUGGGCAUAAUACUGCACUCAAUUGGCAGCGGUUUCAUCGCCACCGAUUUGUGAGCAUGAUGAAUGCUUCACAUGUCGCUUUCGCUGAAGCCUCACUCCGCACUCCCGUGAACGGUGAACCGGAGAACGCGGGUGUCGGACCAGCAGGCACUUUCAGACUGCUAGCGCAAAAUCCCUACCACCUCCCCGAGCAAACCAACGGCACGCUCGCAGAAUGGAUCCACUCCUGGGCCGACGUUGCAUUUACCGACCUCCACUGCGACGAACUCUCCCCCUCCGAUCACUGCCCAUACAACUCAGACUUCUUCUCCGUCACCGCACCUCCCGCUCCACGAGAACAAGAGAAAUACAAGUACACGGCGAUAUUGGACGGCAACGGCAGCGACAACGAUAGCGAGUUUAUCAACGCGUUGAGGAGGGAGGUUGUCCCGCUUCGAGCAAGUGUGUAUCGCCAUUGGUUUGAUGGGCGUUUGUGGCCGUGGGUGCAUUUUGUGCCGCUGGACAAUACUUUUGUGGAUGUGUAUGCGAUUGGGAGGUUUUUCCGCGGCAGGCAUCGAGACGAUAGUCACGAUAACCAAGCUCGGCGCAUUGCUCUAGCGGGUAAGGAAUGGGCGGAGAAGGUGUUAAGGAAAGAAGACAUGCUGAUUUAUCUAUAUCGCUUAUUACUUGAGUAUGCGAGGGUGGUGGAUGAUAAGAGGGAGAGGUUAGGCUGGGUGGGAGAUUUGGUUGGAGAGGGGGAUUGA